AUGUCUGAUGAUGAAGAACUACCUCCAGAUCUCAUUCCUGCGGAUGUUGUGAAAGUUCCUAUCACAAUCAUAACAGGUUUUCUUGGAGCUGGAAAGACAACAUUAAUGAAUUAUAUAUUGGCUGAACAGCAUGGUAAACGGAUUGCUGUUAUUCUAAAUGAAUUUGGAGAAGGAAGUUCCAUUGAGAAGUCGAUGUCAAUUGGACAAGAGGGAGAAUUAUUUGAAGAGUGGUUGGAAUUACGAAAUGGAUGCCUUUGUUGUUCAGUCAAAGACAGUGGAGUGAAAGCCAUUGAAAACCUCAUGAUGAAGAAAGGCAAAUUUGAUUAUAUUUUACUAGAGACAACAGGCCUGGCUGAUCCAGGACCAAUAGCUUCCAUGUUCUGGCUUGAUGAAGAAUUAUGUAGUGAUAUUUAUUUAGAUGGCAUAAUAACUGUUGUUGAUGCUAAGUACUGUAUACAGCAUUUAGAUGAAGAAAAACCAGAUGGAUCUGUAAAUGAAGCACUCAGACAAAUCGCUCUUGCUGACCUUGUGAUUAUCAACAAGGUGGAUUUGGUUAAGGAUGAACUCUCUGUGCUAAGGGAAAGAAUCUUUCUGCUGAUCUCUCUCUCUCUGUCUGUUGAUAUCUCUCUCUCUCUGUCUGUCGAUAUCUUUCUCUCUCUGUCUAUUGAUAUCUCUCUAUCUCAUCUUUUGAUAUCUCUCUCUCAGUCUGCUGAUCUCUCUCUCUCUGUCUGUCGAUAUCUUUUCUCUCUGUCUGUCGAUAUCUCUCUGUCUAUUGAUAUCUCUCUAUCUCACCUAUUGAUAUCUCUCUCUCUCAGUCCGUUGAUAUCUCUCUCUCUCUCUCAGUCUGUUGAUAUCUCUCUCUCUCUCAGUCUGUUGAUAUAUCUCUCUCUCAGUCUGUUGAUAUCUCUCUCUCAGUCUGUUGAUAUCUCUCUCUCUCAGUCUGUUGAUAUCUCUCUCUCUCUCUCUCAGUCCGUUGAUAUCUCUCUCUCUCUCAGUCGGCUGAUAUCUCUCUGUCUGUUGAUAUCUUUCUCUCUCUGUCUGUCGAUAUCUUUCUCUCUCUGUCUGUCGAUAUCUUUCUCUAUCUCAUCUGCUGAUAUCUCCCUCUUUCCUAGUCUGUUGAUAUCUCUCUCUCAGUCUGUUGAUCUCUCUCUCUCUCUCUCAUCUGUUGAUAUCUUUCUCUCUCUCAGUCUGUUGAUCUCUCUCUCUCUCUCUCAGUCUGUUGAUAUCUUUCUCUCUCUCUCAAUCUUUCUCUCUCUCUCUCUGUCUUUUGAGAUCUCACUCUCUCUCUCUCUGUCUUUUGAGAUCUCUCUCUCUCUAUUUCUGUUGAUAUCUCUCUCUCUCUCUCUCUCGAUCUCUCUCUCUCUAUUGAUCUCUCUCUCUCUCUCUAUUGAUCUCUCUCUCUCUCUCUAUUGA